UAGCGGCCCCGUAGGAGAAACGGAACUACGCAACACGUCGGUCGUCGUUCAGCCAUAUUUUCGUUGUUGUUUAUCAGCUGAGCAGUGCUGGAGUGAGGGUCGCGGCCACUUCCUCGCUGCUCCUGCCUCAUUACUCCUUCACUGCAGGCACUCAUUCAGGUAGUUUGUACAUUACAUGGUGUUGUGGACAUUGGCAAAGAGAACACAGUGACAGUGGGAAUGAGGAUGCUAGUGCCGCUGCUGUAGGUGCUGGCAGGGGAGGCACAUGUGAUGCCUUAGGAAGCUCAGGAGAGGACGGAGACCGACCGUUGCUGAACAAUCCCUCCUGUGCCUCUGUAUGUAACUUUCCUAAAAACAGCAAAGCACAUAGACAGAAGAGGACUGGUGCAUGUGGACAGUGAGACUCGGGAGUGCCAGUGGGAGUGCCAGGAAGCUGUUUGCCAGUGUGAGGUGCGAGUGAAGGCAUCAUGGGGCAGUUGUCAGAAACACAGCUGCGGCGACUGGAGGAGCACAAGUACUCGUGUGCCUCCACCUCCCUUAUGGACCCGCUGAUGCAGAAGUGGUGGUGCUGGCUGGUGGACCAGUGUUCCCUCACCCUGGCCCCGAACCUCAUCACCAUCACGGGCCUCAUCAUCAACAUCAUCACCUCGCUGGUCCUUUGUUACUACAGCCCGGAUGCCAAGCAGGAGGUGCCACGAUGGGCCUGCUUCCUGUGUGCCCUUGGACUCUUCAUAUACCAGAGUCUUGAUGCCAUCGACGGCAAGCAGGCGCGGCGUACAGGCACAUCCUCUCCUCUGGGCGAGCUGUUUGACCAUGGCUGUGACUCUCUUUCCACUGUGUUUGUGUCGCUGGGCGUGUGCUGCUCCGUGCGACUUGGGACGCUUCCCUACUGGAUGUUCUUCCAGUGCAUGAUGGCAGUGACUCUGUUCUACUGUGCACACUGGCAGACAUAUGUGUCAGGCACUUUGCGUUUCGGGAUGGUGGAUGUGACGGAAGCUCAGUUUGGAGUGAUGGCCAUCCACCUGAUAUCUGUAAUCUUUGGUUCAGAAUUCUGGUCCCUCAAGGUCCCAGUGCUGUGGCUGCCUCUCAAGUGUGUCCCCACGCUGUUUGGGGUUGUUGCAGCCUUUGUGGCCCUCUAUAACAAUUUUAAGAUAAUUUUGGUUGAGAGGGGUGCAGGCCGCAAUGGGUCAACUGUUGCCGGAACCAGUGUGUUGUCUCCUGUCGUGCCACUCAUCUACAUUCUGGCACCGGCUGUCCUCAUUGCCUGGAAGAGUCCUGAGAACCUCUACCUGCAGAACCCCAUUGUUUACUUGCUCACCUUUGGAUGCGUGUCUGCUCGUGUCACUAACAGGCUGGUGGUGGCUCACAUGACCAAGAGUGAGAUGGCAUACAGCGACUCCUCACUCCUGGGCCCUGGUGCACUCUUCCUCAACCAGUACUUCAACUGUCCCAUCCCUGAGAGAACCUUACUUUAUGUCGUGUGUGCAUACGUGAUCUACGACGUGGUGAAGUACUGCCGGCAGGUGUGUCUAGAGAUCUGCCAGCACCUCAACAUCAUGCUGUUCACCAUCGUGCCGCGGUGUCCACCUGCCUCGGGACACGCCUCAGAGAAGAAUGGCAGCAGUUCCACCUCUAAGUACAUGACUCGCAGCAUAAGUAAAGCAAAAAGCCAUUAAAAUUUUCUGAAAGAUUAUAUAAAUAUAUAUAUAAAUGAAGAGCACUGCUACUUUACAGAGUAUUUGGGUUAAUCUUUUGCAUAGAGUGAUUGUGUUUUAUGAUGCGUUGAAUUGCUGCCUGGUUAACAAGGUUAUGACUGGUGUGUAUUGUUGAGGCCCCACACUGCUUCCCUGCUGUGGCCGAGGCUGCACUUGGGACAGGGCCAUCAGAUCCAACUGUAGUAUUAGUCUGGUUACUUACAAGAGCACUUUAUCCAUUAUUUACUAAUUGAGUGACCAUUCCAAAUGUUUUCCAAAAUUUUGUGUGUUUUGGAGAGUUUAAAUUUACAGUUUGAGUUGCAGCUUCAAUUGUACUCUUUUAGGUUUUCAAAUUCCUUGUUUUUUUUUUGGGCCAGUUUGCAUAGUUGUGAAAAUUCUUGAGUUUAUUAGUUUGCUGAACAUUGUGGAUGUGAGGAAGAUGGUGGUGGUGGUGGUGGUGGUGGUGGUGUUGGUGGUGGUGGUGAUGAUGGCAGAAGCACUACUACAACCCCUUAGCAUUACCAGACUACUACUUGCCAUAGAGUUGUAGCCGUCACAGUCACCUCCUUGAUUCAGAGCACAUCCCUAACCCUCACAUGGUGUAGGAAGUAGAAGUAGGCAUCAGGACCCUCGCAUUAAGUUUACACCCCUUGCAGACACACACACACACACACACACACACACACACACACACGAGUCUUGUGCUAUAUUUAUUAACUUUAUUUGAACAAAGGGUUCCAACCUCAUUUAUUCUGGAUAUCAGUCUUGUCAUUAGUCCUUAUUGUAUUUUAUCAUCAUCAUCAUGACCAUUAGUGUUGUUAUCACUAUUCUGUAGGAGAGCUUUAUAUUUUAAGUGAGAGACUUUAUUAUUGCAAAGAACAUGCUUACUUUCUCUGUGCCUUCUGUGCUGGAGUGUACAGGGUGGGAGAAAGUGAUGGUUGGCAUGUGUCAGAACUGAAAGAAGUGGUUGCUGGUGGCGGGGCUGAAGGAGGGUUUAUGUUGCGUGUGGAGGUUGCAGUGCUAGUUUGUGUUUGAGGCUUGAGAAGUGUUGCAUUGUAUGUGAAGGUUGGGAGAGUACUAGCCAGUGUGUUUGUGUUACCAUAUAUCCCAGCUCUUAGGAUGAUUGAUUGUAUAAAAUGAUUUCAUGAGUUGGCAUUAUUCAUCAGUAUUUUUCCUUUCUUUUCAAGGACAAAAGAGGAAAUAAGAAAAAAAAACAAUGUCAUUUCAAAAUCUGAAACAAGAAGAUUUAAGAGAAAGGCUAAUUUAAUUUUUGAGGUGUCUUGAUACAAAUCUCUUGAAGCAGCAUUUUACUUGUACAUAAGACAUCCCUAUUUGAGACUUGCAUCAUGUUAAAAAUGUCAUGUUGGGAGCUGAGAUAUACUGUAACUUGGAAGAGUACUGGCUGAUAUGAGGAGGGCCAGGGAGAGAGUCCAGUGAUUUGAGAGAAGUAUUGUGUCUGUUGGUGUGUGAAUGUAAUGGUUUGUUUCAAGAAGGGUAGCUGGGAAGCUGUUAAGGAUUAGAUAUAAACAUACAGUGAAGUGUGGUCAUCAUACUCUCUGGGUGCUCUCUCGGUUCACCUUCUGCUUAGCAUUUUAGCUUUAUCUCUGUGGCUUGACACAAAUCUGCGGUGUGAGAUGAGACACCAAGCUAGGAACCUCACCCAUGACAGGUUGCUGAUUCACUCCCUCUUUGCUCAGGUGUGGUAGGUGUGGAUACCUGACUUGCUUCCUUGUAUCUGCUGUUAUAAUCAUUCUUAGUUUAUUUUUGUUCAUAAUGAAGAUUGAGUUUUGAAGUAUUAGCUCUAGAAGAAAAGAGUUUUGUCGUGAGAAAUGUGAGGUCAAAAAUAUUGAUCAUUGAAGAAGUUAAUACUCAGUUUGUCUUCCAACUGUACCUUUGUAUAAGAAUGUUAUGUUUGAAUAGCCAGUGGAUUUUGGAUACAAUUUCUGUUAGGCACAGGGAGGUGAGGAGGUGGUGGUGCAGCAGAGGUGUGGCUUGGUGUGGCCAUUGGGCUCCUUCAGUGCUACAGGGAGCCACUCAUGUGUUCUAGUGUUGGUUGUAGGUAAUAAGAAAGUAAUAUUCCUGCACUUCCUGGUUUUCUACACAUCAUUAGGUUUUGGUGAUAAAUAUCCUCAUCAGGGGUCUUGGUCUUUUAUAUUUCCAGUAUUUUGUUAUCAAAUUGUGGUCCAAAUUACUUUUAUGAUUCAGUUUAGAAAGAUGUUCAUCAUUUGAACAGUUGUCAGUGAAAUUAGUUUAUUUGAAUCAGGAUGUACAGUGUUGUUGAAACUUUUGUUUACUGGCUUCUUUCUCUAAAGCUUUGUCUUGGUUACUUUGGUUGUGUUUGCAAGUAGCUUUUCUUCAUAUGAUAUAUAUAUAUAUAUAUAUAUAUAUAUAUAUAUAUAUAUAUAUAUAUAUAUAUAUAUAUAUAUAUAUAUAUAUAUAUAUAUAUAUAUAUAUAUAUAUAUAUAUAUAUAUAUAUAUAUAUAUAUAUAUAUAUAUAUAUAUAUAUACAUACCUCCCUGUGAUAGGCCAGUAGGCUGUCUUCACCCCACAGAUCCCUCUUCCUGUCUGUGUCCUGGUAGACAUACAAGAUUGGAAAGAAAGACAUACAUUUCAUGUAAUGAAAUUUCUCCAUGAAUGUUUACAUUAUAACAUGGAAAUGUACAUUUCAGGAUGAAAACAUGAUACAUUUCAGACUGAAGACAUGCCUUUCAAUGAAUGUGUGCAUCUUAUUGGGACAGUGAGGAUGCAUUCCACAGUGGAGACACUGUGUGUGUUGGUGUGAAUGCAUCCAUUUCAAAGUAAGACUCGCAUCUCACAGUCAUGAUGUAAAUCUCUUCAGUUUUGUUAUGCCUUUCUAAGUGAAGACUUGUUAUACACUUGUAGCAACCAUGGCAUUUUGUAGAAGUCACUUACAGUCAGCAUUUCUUUUAUCAUAUUUAUCCAGUGUUACUAAGUUAUGUUACUUCUGUGCAUUACUAGUAAGUUAUGUUGUUAUUCCCUUGAUGAUGCCCUGCUGUCAUUGAACAAAGCAAUAGAACUCUUCCUAUGAGAACACAGGAAUACACUGUCAUGUAUACACUUGCUGUUCACUGUUUUAAUAUUCUUAACAAACUCAUUUUAUUUACAAGUGUCAUCCUGGAUAAUUUUUACCUUGAUCCUCGUAGGAUGAGAAUAAAACUGUUAUUUACUUAGA